AUGAGUUGGAACCAACCACUGCCUUUUCAGACUUGUUUAGCUUUAUUGGCCCAGUUCCUGGUUUCUUGGAAUGAUAAAAUAUACGAGCUUUUGACAUUUUCGGAACUUCGGAAUUUUGGAGAGCGAAAUUAA